CUCUGCUCUGCUCUUCCCCUUGACCCUCCCUGCCUGCGAGCGAAACGGACAGUCGGACGCCAGCAGGAGCCCAGAGCCCCACAGCAGAAGAAAGGCGCAACCACAACAGCAGCAGUGCCUCGCCCGCUCGCCCGCCCGCCCGUUGGCCCGCGUGCUUGCCCGCCCGCUGGCCCGCUCGAUCGCUCGCUUGCUCGCUGGCCUUCUUUUGCUCGCAUUGUGGGAGGCGCAUGACUUUAAGCUCGUGAGCUGCGCGGCUGCUGCUACAUCAACAACGACGACAUCGAGGGCCAACACUUGAAAAUCUCGAUCCUUUCCCGCUCCUCCGGCUCGCUCUGCGCAGGAGCUCCGACGCGAAGCGCAGAUUCACAGACAGACAGAGACAGAGAGACAGGCAGCCAGCCAUCCAGCGAGACGUGGAGCAGGGACCAGGGAGACAGUCGGUCAUACACACUCAGUCGCCCGCGCACCAUCCACUCAACCACGUGCGAGUUCGAGUUCCAGACAGCGAGGAAUAUCAUUCGGAUCAAGCGCGAGGUGAAGGAAGGGAGGAAGGAGGAAGGGAAAGAGUUCGUAGUGGGUGAGUGCUGAUUUCUGUCCGCGGUUUUUCAAGAAGAGAGAUGGCGACUCCUGAUGCUGAGGAGACCGUAGCUGCACCAUCCACCGCCGAGGCGGUAGUGGCGGAGGCCGUGAGGGCCGACGGAGGUGACAAGGAGGCCGUGAAGUCCACUUCCGCCGCCGAAACCAUCCCCGCUGCCACUCCCGAGGAAGCUCCCAAGAGUACAGAGGCCGUGGCCCCCGAAACCACCGCGGAAUCCGUCGAGCAGGAGCUCCCCGAAGCCGCCCCCGUUGAGCCCAGCAUUCCCGAGUUCAAAGAAGAGUCGAACCUCGUGGCCGAUUUGAAAGAAAACGAGAAGAAAGCUCUCGAGGACUUUAAGCUCAGGAUCGAAAAGGCCAUUAAGGACGACGAGUUCAGGGUCCCGAAGAAGGUAGUGGAAGUUCCCAAGGAGCCCGAACCCGUGGCUGCUCCCGCCGCUCCCGUCGAAGAGAAAAAGGACGCCGACGCCACCACCACCGCUGCGGCACCCGAUGCUGCUGCCCCAUCGUCUACCGAAACUCCUGCUGCACCGACUGCCGAGACCUCUGCACCAGUUUCCGUCGAGGCGGUGAAGGAAGAAACAGCCGUGGCCGUAGCUGUCGUUGCUGCUGUCGAGGAAAAGCUCGAGGCGGCUCCCAAAGAAGAAUCGGUUGCUGCGCCCACCCCCACCCCCACCACCACAGAGGCCGUGCCCCCUCCAGCCACUCCGGAGGUUCAAGAAACCACUCCUGCUCCCGAGGCAGCACCCGCCGCUGUCGAGGCACCUGCUGCUGCCGCGCCCCCAGCCGUCGAGGCUGAGAGUCCUCCUGCCGCCGCGGCGGUCGAGACAGAGAGCAAAGAGGAAGCUGCCCCCGCCGCUGCAGAGGUGGCUAAGGAAGCGCCUGUGGAAGAGGAGCCCGAGGAUACUACUCCCCCGGAGGACAUUGCUCUUUGGGGCGUGCCGCUGCUGCACACGAAGGGUGAUAAGAGGACUGACGUUAUUCUUCUGAAGUUUUUGAGGGCCCGUGACUUCAACGUGAACGAUGCUUUCAGUCAGCUCAAGAAGACGAUCAUCUGGAGGAAAACCUUCAAGGCAGAUACUCUUCUUGACGAGGAAUUCGGCACGGAUCUUGAUGGGUUCGCCUACAUGCAUGGUAAGGACAAGGAGGGCCACCCCGUGUGUUACAAUGUCUACGGAUUCGAGGACAAGGAGUUGUACCAGAAGACUUUCGGUGAUUCUUCGAAAAUUAACGCAUUCCUCCGAUGGAGGAUUCAGGUUCUUGAGAAGGGUAUCAAGCUUCUGAACUUCAGCCCUGAGGGACCCAGUGCCAUGGUUCAGAUUACUGACUUGAAGAACACUCCCGGACCCGGCAAGAAGGAUUUGAAGAAAGUUGCUAAUCAGGCUGUAGUUCUUCUGCAGGACAACUAUCCCGAGUUGGUCGCCAAGAAGGUGUUCAUCAACGUCCCAUGGUACUUCAGUGCCCUGUACUCGAUCGUCAGCCCUUUCCUGUCCCAGAGGACCAAGAGCAAGUUCGUGGUCGCCCCCGCCGGGAAGACAACCGAAGCGCUGUUGAAAUUCAUUCCAGCUGAGUACGUACCAGUCAACUACGGAGGUCUGAGCAGACUCAACGACACCGAGUUUUCGGGAGUCGAGGCCCCCGCCUCCGAUGUGAUUGUCAAGGCCGGUGAGAAAUCACACAUUGAAAUCCCCGUGACGGAGGUCGGCGGAACCGUCGUAUGGGAUUUGGCCGUGGUUGGUUACGAUGUGAGCUACGGAGCCGAGUACGUACCGAGCGCGGAGGGUGCGUACACCACUAUCAUCGAGAAGACCAAGAAGCUGCCGUCGAGUACCGAGGAGCCCGUCCGAAAUAGCUUCAAGAUCACAGAGCCUGGAAAGGUGGUCUUGACAGUGGACAACUCGUCGAGAAAGAAGAAGAUCGUAAUCUACAGACACACGGUGAAAGUGGCCCCCGCCGCCGAAUCGGAGUUGGCCGGUUGAGCGACAUUCGUUCAAGGGUCUCUCGAAUGUGGUGGCAUUUUAGAUUUUAUAACUUCAGCGGAUUCGAAAGGAGGAGAACGAGGGGGUUAAUGAGCAACGCUGCGGGUCCUGACAACGUUGCUGGCUCAGAGGAGGUUGUUUCCAGGCUUGCUUGCGCUCGCUCUUACUAGAGAGGAGAGGAGUAUUGUCAUUCAUUCACGGCAGUGCAGCACGGAUUUCGCCAUCGGACGUGGUCUCGGAGGUGCCUGCCGCCGGCCGCCGGCGAGCCGUGGCCGGGAUUUCGUCGUUCGCUCGCGCUCGGUCGGGCGGGGUGACAAAACAGAGGAAGGCGGGCUCUUUGAGGUUCAAAAGAGUACGAGGGACAUUGUUGUUGGUGGGGAGGUCCCGAUGUGAAAGCUGCCGACUGCCCACCGCUGCUCCCCUUCAAAAAAACGCUCAUUUAUAGAUAUGUAAAGUUAUGUUGCCGCUGAUCCGCUAGUCUUUGGCAGAGGGAGAGAUAUGCAGAUUCGAUCGAAAAGAGUAGUGUUGAACCACAAUCAGUUGUGCAUGAGCCUUAGCUACCCAGCAGCUGUCGCCACACUAUAUGGUGUCUGAUUGUGUAUAUAAUUGUCUUUGUAAUGCUGGCUCCCUGAGACUCACCGCACCCCGAAGCCUGUCUGGCCGUAGGUCCGGGAUUUGAAGUGGUCCAGGUCUUACCCUUCCCUCCCUCCUUCCGCUCCGUCCCUCCCUCGCUUGCUUGCUUUUCACGCCGUCGAGCAUGUACCCUUUAGGCGUAGUCAGUGACGUUAUGAUUAUUUUCAACGAUUUUUUCUUUGACAGUCCUGUUUGCUCUACAUAAUAAUUAAUUUCAUGGCUUCAAUCGAAGUAAAAUGUAUUAUUUCAAAGACUCACUCGGGAAGAUGAUAUCCUUUCUGUGGCUCGGC